AUGCCGUCUCGAACUGUGCUUCUUAGACUCUCCGACUCCGGAGAACCCCUAAACACAAAUAACGACACGAAUGGUGUCUUGCUUUUGCCGUCAUUGGCUUCCGAAAAGAACCACCAUGAAGAUGAAACAAUUUUUGACUUAAAGAUUGUGCUCAAUGCAGCUGCGAAAGUAAGCCGCAAUGGUGUUUUCAAGACCAAUGCCCCUUUGGACGCAAAAACCAAGUUUCAAAGAGACACCUUCUACGAUGUACCUCUCACCAGCUCGUUUCACAAGGACAUUUCGCUCACAAUUCCAAUUUACAAGCCUGGUCCUUAUGCUUUCUACAUUCGUUACGAAGAGGCUGACAAUACACCAACCGAAACAGACCACUUUUACUUCACAGUACCUCCCCAGCUUUUCAUCAACUCCAAGUAUCUUCCAUUCAACUCCAUCAACUUGCAGACUGUCGUAUCCAAAUGGAUUGGACCAUUAGAUCACUGGAAUGAGUUCUUUGCUUAUGUGGCUAAAAAAGGAUACAACAUGAUCCAUUUUACUCCUUUGCAGGAAAGGGGCCUGUCUGACUCUCCGUAUUCUAUUUACGACCAGCUUCGUUUCGAUCCCAAAUUGUUCGGUAGCAACGAGAAAGCACUGUCCGUCAUCCGUAAUGCCAUGUCACAAAACGGCUUAUUGGCCAUGACUGAUGUGGUUUGGAACCAUACUGCCGACAAUUCAGCAUGGAUUCGUGAUGCACCUGAUGCUGGAUACAAUGCGGAGACAGCGCCACAUUUACGGGCAGCAAUUGAGUUGGACGAAGCUCUUUCAUCCUUCAGUGACAGAUUGGAAGAGUUAAAUUUGCCCACUGAUAUCAAAUCAGAAGAGGACUUAAAGAAUAUUAUUGAAGGUAUCAACAAUCACGUGUUGAAUCCUCUCAACUUAUGGCAGUACUACGUUUUUGAAAAAGUCGAAUUGACCGAACAGUUGCAAAAACUUUAUGAAAAAGAGUCUGUCACACCAAGUGAGAUUCCAUCCUCAGUGGACGUGUCUGACUUGACCGCUUUAGCUAGUUUUGUCGUCUCUUCUGCCAGCUUGCAUGGUAAAGCCAUAUUUGAGGAUAGAUUUUCUAACAAAUUAGAUCCCGCAAAGUUUCUUGGUAUAUUGUUGACUUUGGUACAGAAGAAUGAGACCCUGUUUGAAGAGAUUGCCGACAAGGCCUCACAUAUAGUGGACGAAAUUAACUUGAAGUUGUACGCGCAAUAUGAUGAUGAUGUUGCUUCAAUAAAGACGCAGCUCACAGACAGAAUCCGUUACCUCAGAUUAGCCGAUAACGGGCCGAAAUUGGGGCCUAUUACAAAGAAAAACAGAGUCGCCGAACCUUAUUUUACUAGAUUCACAGACAAACACGGUAAAAAAUGGGCCUUGGCCAAUAAUGGUUGGAUAUGGGGUGGUGAUCCUCUUGUUGACUUUGCUUCAAAUAAGUCUAGGGCUUAUAUUCGCAGAGAAGUUAUUGUUUGGGGUGACUGUAUCAAGUUGAGGUAUGGCUCCGGUCCUCAAGACUCUCCUGCGUUGUGGAAGAGAAUGAUUCAGUACACCAAAGACUGUGCAAAACUAUUUGACGGUUUCAGAUUGGACAACUGCCACUCUACACCUUUACAUGUUGGUGAAGCUUUGUUGGAUGCGGCAAGAUCAGUGAAUCCCAACUUGUAUGUGGUUGCAGAAUUGUUUACAGGUUCUGAAGCCAUGGACAAAAUCUUCGUACAAAAAUUAGGUAUCAAUUCUUUGAUCAGGGAAGCAAUGCAAGCAUGGGAUGUCCAGGAAUUGUCGAGGUUGGUUCAUAAGCAUGGAGGCAGACCGAUUGGGUCUCUUUCUUGGCUUCCUUUGGAUGAAUUCUCGUAUCCUGCUGGAAAAGAACCAAAAACUGGAAAGCAUUUGGGAAGCAACUCCGAGUUGCAAAUUCCACAAGUUCUCACAGCUCAUGCACCUCAUGCUUUGUUCAUGGAUUGUACGCAUGAUAAUCAAACGCCUGCGCAAAUUAGAACCAUAGAGGAUUCAUUGCCUACUGCUGCAUUAGUUGCGCUUUGUUCUUCAGCUAUCGGCACUGUCUUCGGUUUCGACGAGACUUAUCCCGAACUUCUCGAUGUUGUGGGAGAGAAGAGACAAUAUGCUUAUGAUGAUAAUAUUGGAAUUGCCAAAGCAAAAAUGAAGUUGAAUGAAGUUAGAAACAAACUUGCUCUGGAAAGCACUGAUGCCUACGCUGAACAGGAGAUGUAUGUGCAUCACGAGGGCCAGUACAUAACAAUUCAGCGGUACAACACUAGAACCGGUGAAGGUUGGUUUUUGAUUGCAAGGAGUAAGUUCAAUGGGCAUGAAGGAGAGCAAAUAUUGUCUCCUGUCGAUUUGAAAGGAACUGAGAUCAAGUACGAGUUUGGUUACAGAUUGGAGAAAACAGGCGAAUAUUCGCGUGACGACAAAAGAAUAACAGGCAUUCCUACGAAGCUCAUUGACCUUGAAUCUCCCGAAAUCAUCCGUAAUGAAUCUGGCUAUGUGAUCAAGACAGAUGGAAGCUUUGAACCAGGAUCCAUCGCUGUCUUUUCUACUAAAAUUCCCACAGCAAACGAGAACUUGGAUAAGUACGUCAAAGAAGGUGCAAUUGAAGCAUCUUUGGGCCUUAACUUGUACGAUUUGAACGCCAUUUUGUACAGAUGUGAGUCUGAAGAAAGGGAUGCAAGCCAUGGUGCAGAAGGCACUUACAAUAUCCCGGGAUCUGGCCAAUUAGUGUACGCUGGGUUAGAAGGAUGGAUUCUGGUUUUAAAAGAUGUUAUUUGGAAUAAUGAUCUUGCUCAUCCAAUCUGUAAUCACUUGAGAGAGGGAUUUUGGGCAGCAGACUACGUGGUGAAUCGGUUGGACAAGUAUGCCAAAGAAUCGGAGGCAAUUGGCAAAUUCCGUGACUGGAUUAAGUCUCGUAUGGAUGCUAUCAAGGAAGUUCCAUACUACUUACGGCCUCAUUACUUUGCCCUCGUGGUUGGUGUUGCUUAUGAAGCUGCCCGCUUCAGAGCUUUGGCGCAGAUGGAUGAUAAGAUAAAAAAUGCUACAAACUUUGUUCAAAGUUUGGCAUUGACCUCUGUUCAAAUGUGUGGCUUCAUGAACAAUACAUCACUUUUGCCUGAUAAGAAGGUGGCUUGCCUCGCUGCUGGUCUUCCGCAUUUUAGUACAGAUUAUAUGAGAUGCUGGGGUCGUGAUGUAUUCAUUUCUUUCCGAGGGCUCUUAUUGGUUCCAGGAAGAUUUGAUGACGCCAAGCAGCAUAUUCUCGGUUUUGCUAAGACCUUGAAGCAUGGAUUGAUUCCUAAUUUACUUGACGCUGGAAGAAACCCAAGAUACAAUGCAAGAGAUGCUGCAUGGUUUUUUACUCAAGCUGUCCAAGAGUAUGUGAAAUAUGCUCCAAAUGGAGAAAGAAUAUUGGACGAGAAAGUGAGCAGACGGUUCCCAUUGGAUGACACUUAUAUUCCCUGGGAUGACGAAAAGGCUUUCAGUUACGAAACAUCUAUCAGAGAUAUUCUCUACGAGAUUUUGCUGCGUCACGCGAAGGGGAUCAAAUAUAGAGAAGCGAAUGCGGGACCAAAUCUUGAUCUGCAGAUGAAAGAUGAAGGGUUCAAUGUUGAAGUUUCUGUUCCCCUCACAACGGGACUGGCCUCGUCCACGGUGGAUCCC